CUGGGAUUGGACGCUCGGGCGGUGACGCAACUUCCGCUCGGGCGGCUGUCGGGAGGGGCUCGGGGGCGAUUUCGCGGGCUCCCGGCGGCCUGGGCCGGGGGCGGUGCGAUGAGGUCGGUUAGCUACGUGCAGCGCGUAGCCCUGGACUUUAGCGGGAGUCUCUUCCCGCACGCAAUCUGCCUCGGAGACGUCGAUAACGAUACGUUAAAUGAACUGGUGGUGGGCGACACCAGCGGGAAGCUGUCUGUGUACAAGAAUGAUGACAGCCGGCCGUGGCACACCUGCUCCUGCCAGGGCAUGCUGACCUGUGUCGGGGUUGGCGAUGUGUGCAAUAAAGGGAAGAACCUGGUGGUGGCCAUCAGCGCCGAAGGCUGGUUUCACUUGUGUGACCUCACCCCCGCCAAGGCCCCGGACGCGUCUGGGCACCACGAGACGCUGGCGGCCGAGGAGCAGCGCCCCGCCUUCAAGCAGCACAUCCCAGCCAAUACCAAGGGCAUGUUGAUCAGCGACAUCGACGGAGAUGGACGCUUCGAGUUGUUACUCGGUUACACGGACCGGGUGGUUCGCGCCUUCCGCUGGACGGACCUGGGCGAGGGCGCCGACCAUACAGCUGGACAGCUGGUGUCACUCAAGAAGUGGGUACUGGAGGGGCAGGUGGACAGUCUGUCUGUCAUGCCAGGGCCCCUGGGCACUCCUGAGCUGAUGGUGUCGCAGCCCGGCUGUGCUUAUGCCGUCCUCCUGUGCACCUGGAACAAGGACCCCGGGGCCCCUGCCGCCUCCGAGGGGGGCACGGAGGGAUGCCCCGGCUCCCGAGAUGUUGUGCUGCACCAGACAUCUGGCCGCAUCCACAACAAGAACGUCUCCACACACCUGGUCGGCGACAUCAAGCGAGGCCACUCCCCGGACAGCAGUGGCUCUGGCCUCUUUGCUCUCUGCACGCUGGACGGGACACUGAAGCUGAUGGAGGGGGCCGACAAGCUGCUGUGGUCUGUGCAGGUGGACCAUCAGCUGUUCGCCCUGGAGAAACUGGAUGUCACGGGCGACGGGCAGGAGGAGGUGGUGGCAUGCGCCUGGGACGGACAGACGUACAUCAUCGACCAGAGCCGCACCGUCGUGCGCUUCCAGGUGGACGAGAACAUCCGAGCCUUCUGCGCAGGCCUGUACGCUUGCAAGGAGGGCCACAAUAGCCCUUGCCUCGUGUACGUCACCUUCAACCAGAAGAUCUACGUGUACUGGGAGGUGCGGCUGGAGCGGAUGGAGUCCACCAACCUGCUCAAGGUGCUGGGGCCCGACCCCGAGUACCAGCGCCUGCUGGCGGAGCUGGGCGUGGAUCCUGACGACCUCCCAGCUGCCCGUAACCUGCUGCACCAAAUCCUCUACCGUCCGGAUCAGCCUCUGCAGGACACCCCUGCUGGCCACCAGGACCCCACCUAG